GACGUCCAGCCUCCGCACCUCGACCCCCACCAUGGGCGAGAGGGCCGGGACUCUUGGGGGACGCCUCUCUCGCCUCUUCUCCCGGAGCGAGGCCAACCCGGCAGCCCCGGCGGGCCGGGAGAGGGGCCGGACCCGCGGCCGGAAGGAACCGGAGCAGUCCAGAUCUCUGGACAGGCCGAAACAGAGGAAUCUGGUUCCCAGGCGUGGGCAGAGUUGCCCAGAUCUACCCGGAAGCAGCCGGAAGGCUGGAAAGAGGAGCCGGUCGGAGGCGGACCUGCGGAGACGGUCUCUGAGUCGCUGGCUGGCCAGUCUGUGGCAUCUGGCCGCCCCCCGGAGCCCCUCGAAGCCCGCCCAGCCCCUGGGGCGCCUGCAGAGGCCGGCGGUGGGCAGCACCUCGGACCUGGCCAGCCAUGCCCGCUGCGCCCCCCGGGACCACCCGGCCCCGGAGUCCCCGACGUCCCCCGAGGUCGAGGGCCGCCCCGUGCUGGGCAGUGCCAGGGGGACCGCCGGACCCUUGGGCGGGGCGGGGGUCGGGGAUUCCAGGGCCGGGCCCGGAUCCCGGGCAGCCCGCCUCCUCCCCGGGGACUCCGCCCCAUCCCGGGGAGCCCUGCCGCCGCCCGGUGCCCCUGCCGGUGCCCGCGCCGGUGCCCGCACCGGUGCCCGCCGAGUGCGGACAGGCGCCAGGAGCGGCCGCGGCCUCGGCCCGGGGACUCCGGAGCAGCCGGUCCUGCCCAGCCCUCGGCAGAGCGCAGUCUCUGUGGAGGCCUUCUCGUCCCCUCUCACCCCCGGACUUGGGCUGGAACCCUCGGGGCUCCCCCCCAGCCGCAGCUUGAAAACCGUGGGGAGGCCCGAGGCCGGGCCCACUGGUGCCCCCUGCCCCGCCCCGUCCGGGGCCGGCGGUCUCGUCGGACUGGUAACUCGACGAGGCUGA